AAUGCCGCUGGGAAUGCACCCAGUUGUCUCUUCUCUCCAAAGAGAAAGAUUCGCUGUUUUAUGACAACUCAGAAGCCAGAGAUCCAUUUAACCAAGAACCACAUAUUACGGGACAUAUUUGUACAUGCCUAUAUUUGUAACAUUGAUUCAGCUUUUGGUAUCAGAUUGUGGGUGCAAUUUUGCUGCCAGCUGGUCUGUAUUUUUCCUAUGCUAACUUUAGCUAAGAAUUUAAGGCUGCAAUCCAAAGCACAUUUACCUGGGAGUAAGCCCCACUGAAAGAAGGCAUACGAUUGUGCUGUAAAUGCCUCCUUCAUCAUUCUCCAGUGUAACAUUAUUCUACUAAAGGAUACAAGGAGAACAUGCCUGUUCAGUGCUUCCAAAAACACACCUGUAACAAGCCGAGGCUCUCAUUAAACAGCCAGCACUGGCGGUUCUUGGAGCGCGGCUUGGAUGAUUUCAGAGAGGGCUUCCUUCCUCCGUGUGGCAACAUCGUCAUCCAACGACCUACCAAGGGGCCUGUCCCUCUUAUGUUCCCUGGUCAACCUGAAGGCAUGGGCAAGAGGCAACAGAGGCCCAAAUGGAUGCUAAGCAAGCCCCAGAGCUGUGCCCCCAAACUCCGUCCGAUGCACCAUGCCAGAAAGAGCCAGAUCGCUCAGAUCGAGUAUUGUCUCAGCCAGCACCCCUUAGCGCUUUAUCCUCAUUUGGAAGAAAGCAUCCCUCCAGAGCUUUUCAAGGAGGUCCUUAGCGUCCUGGAUCCAGAGAUGCUUCCAAUGAGUGAAGAAGCUGAUGCAGACAUUGAACAAGAGCAUCUCAUUCCCACUACAAUCCCACCUCGGUUGGAAGACAAAAGAAACAGACAAACAAGACUGCAGCAAAGUAGUUGGAGAGCGGGCCCCAAAGGCAAGGAUCCUUACACGUGGUUCUCCAAAAAAGAAGUAGCAGCAAGAGAGAGGGAGGCCAGGUUGAAUUACGUUCCUCCCCUUGACGAGAAUGUAGAGCGAGCUACAAAGGAGUUCUGCACCUGGCUUGAUUCUCUGGGAGGAGACAAAUAUAACACUGAUGAGGCCACCAUUAUUAGCCUAUUUGACACAGGUUAUGAGAUCAACCUGCCUCUCUCUGCUCCUAUAUAUGCCGUGGAGCUACAUGACGUUCCAACGGAGCUGCGGAAGUAUGCUGGAAUGCCACCUUCUCAGGCCACCAUGAAAAGCACCGCUCGGCAAGGCAGCCAUGCAAAGGGUUCUUGCCGAGCCAAGUGGGAGAAGAUCCGGUAUGGUGCCUGGUACCUGGAUCCAAAGACUUGGACAAAACAGAAAGUGAAUAAACUUUUUGAAGAUCCAAAGUCGAAGGAUGCAAGGAUCAUGAAUUUAAGGAGGGAGUUGGGUGAAAAGGACGCUGAGAUUUUGCAGCUUCACGGAACUCAUGCUUUCAAGGAAUUCCUUGAAGGAAAGGGCUACCGGAUCCCAGAGUUCCUGCGGCAGAUGCUGGCUGCACAGAUUGCUACUGGACCAGGCGUGGGAGCUCUGAGGAACGCCAGGAGUGAAUUUCAGAGAGGAGAGGUGCUCAAAGAAGAUGGCUCCAACGACAGAGGGCCUGGACCUCAGGGAGGGCUUGUCAUGGACUAA